UCAAACUGAUCCUCAACUUUUUAUCAUCUCAUCAUCAUCAGGAUGUCGACGAGCACCAAAACAACCCAAGAAGAGGACCAUGAAGACCGACCAAACAAACGACCAAAACUAACACCAUCACCACCCUCAUCAUCACUCUCACCACUCUCAUCACCAACAGCAGAACAACAACAAAAACAACAACAAAACCAACAACAACAAAAACAAAAACAAAAACAAAAACAACAACCAGAGCAACAACCUUCUAGUACUGCUCACUCAUCCCGAUCAACCAGUCCAACUACAACCAACACUCUCAAACCUAAUCACCAGCCGAUCCCAUCCUCAUCAACCUCAACACUCCCACCCCUACCACCCCUGCUCCAUCAAAAAGUCAGAUUCGGUACCAAGCAACAGGCACUCGCACUCAGUCAAGCCAUCCUCAGGCGUCAAGCCGAACAGAAGGAACAACAACAACCAAACCGAUCACAAUCUAUCACCAAGACCCCAUACGCUCACCUCAACAUCCCAUCCACCAGCACCAACUCAGCACCAGUCAUCAACCUCAACCAAACCAUGAACCCAAACCCAACACCAGCAGCAGCCAACCGAUCACCUCAUCCCUGGUCUCAUCGAUCCUCUCCAACCACCAACUCAACCAACAACAACAACAACAACCAAUCAAACUCAUAUCCAGCUAACUCGUCUCAACCCUCACCCAAUCUCAACAAUCAUCGUCCGAUCUGUAUCGGCCUACUCAGCUCACUCGUCCUGAUCCUACACCGUCUAAAAGACUUCCAAGUCGACCAAUGUGGCCCAGAUGGAAGGGCUCGUCCUCAAACUAUCCCAGUCCGCAUCUCUCGUCAUCAGCCUAACGGUAGCAACGAGGUCCUCAGAGUUUUAGCUCCGACUGGUGAACAAUUUGGAGUAGUCGAACAAAAGAUUGGAAAUGUGAUUGGGCCACUCUUAGGACCUAUCAAUUCAUUCAGCGGCGGUAGUGCCGUCGGUGGCUGGACGCCCAACGGAAUCAUUCAACCUCAACCUUCCUCCUCUCCCAAAAUCAACUCAGAAACCAGUAACACCCCAGAGACCGAUGACCCAGAAAUCACAGAGACGAACGGCUUAGGAGGGCCCAAAGUCACUCAGUCUAUGCCCACUACUACCACCUCAAGUGAUGGUCGACAGCUAUUCAUCGAAUGCUGCGUGAUCAGAAGAGGAGAACAGAACCCGAUGAUGCUCCCCCUACAACUACUACUCUUCUGUUUACCCGAAUCAAUCUCCUCGGUUGCUGCCUAUCUAAGUCGAUCCGGCGUCUCAUUAGAACAUCCAGUCAGCUAUCACUCCGAAAUGCAUCUAGGAUGUCUCUACGAUAACCCUCACUCAUCUCAACCUCGCGAAGCACUCGAUAGCAUCCGCCAACGUCUGCUGGGUCCCAACCUACCCUAUUCGACCACUCCAAUCUCAAGAAACAACUUCCAGGUCUGUGAUACCCAGCAACAGGUGGCUACGAUCUUCAAGAGCUUGGCCAGUGGGGUCGAUUUAGAUGAAACCGAACCCGGUCACAUGAUCAUCACCUCCCUCUACCCUCACCAGAAACAGGCCCUAUCAUUCAUGCUCGAUCGUGAAACGCUGAAAGUCGUCCCCCCAGAUCUCAAAUCCGCCAGGAAUCCCACUGAGAGAAAAGCCCUAGAGAAGGAGGAUGAGGAAAACUUGGUAUCCCUAUGGAAGAAAACUCGAGAUACCUACGGCCGACACGUCGGUUGGAUGAACGUCGUCACUGGAAUCCAGCAGAUCGGUAAAGAGACCCCACCCCAGUGUAGAGGAGCCAUCUUGGCCGACGACAUGGGGCUUGGCAAGACUAUCUCGAUCAUCUCGCUCAUCAGUACUACCCACCAAGCUUCUAUUGAAUUUGCCAAAUCACCGAUCAUCAGACCUGUCAUCCAGCCUAAUAAUGAUAAUCCACCUCGUAACAACGAUAAAAAUUCUGGAGGGAUUGCCAAACGCUCCCAAUCUGACGCGAUCACUGGCGGUAGCCUAUCAGCUCAAACUUCCAAGAUCAGCCUGGUGGGUACGUCUACUCAGUCGACAGCCACCCAAAAAAAGGAAGGUGCCCUGGCUGCUAAGAAACGCAUAGCAAAUCAUGACCGCUCUCAUCUCAUCAAAGUCAAAUCGAGAGCCACCCUGAUCGUCUGUCCCCUCUCGACCGUCCAGAAUUGGGAGAGUCAGAUCGAGGAACACGUCCGCAAGAUACCCACACCAGCGGCCGACGGAAGUUCGAGUUCGAGCGCUCCUUCAAAGUCAUCGCUGUCAGUCUGUGUCUAUCACGGGAAUGGACGGACUAGCGAUCCUCAUGUGCUUGCUGAUCAUGACGUCGUGAUCACCACCUACUCGCUCCUAGGCUACGAAUUCUCGCGUCAGAAUCGGGUGAUCAAGGAAGCCGAGGAUGGUAAUGAGAGCAGUGACGGUGUAGAAGAAGUGGAUGCCGAAGGUGGAUCGAUUCAGAUCCUUAACGGAAACCCUGAAAAGACUCAGGCCAAAAGCCGAGGAAAACUGAAACGGAAACGGAAAGGUGAUGGAUUGCUUAGUCCAUUACAAGCUGUCGAGUGGUUUCGUGUGGUCCUUGAUGAGGCUCAUAUGAUCAAAGAGCAUACGACCACUCAAUCUAAGGCGGCAUGUGAUCUGUUAGCCGAACGAAGAGUCUGUUUGACUGGAACACCCCUUCAAAACUCACUCAAUGAUUUAUUUUCGUUAGUCUGCUUCCUCCGUCUUGAACCAUUCACUGACCGGGCUGUCUGGACAACCCACAUUGGUCACCCAGCCCGACUAGGUGAGCCUCUCGGAGUCUCGCGGCUACAAUUAAUCAUGCGACAUAUCGCUCUCAGGCGGACCAAGCAAAGCUCUGACAAGCACGGGAAACCGAUCUUGACAUUGCCCCCUAAGAAGGAUGAUAUCGUUUAUCUUGAACUCAACGAGACUGAAAAGGAAUUCUAUUCGAUGUACCAUCAGCGUAGUCGUCAGACUUUCAUGACUCUCAAAAGUCAAGACACCGUCCUGAAGAACUAUUGCUCAAUCUUACAGGAGCUACUGAGGUUGAGACAGAUCUGUGCGCACGUAGGCUUGGUAUUGGAUGCAGAGACUCAAUCAGGAAAGGGGCUCGAUUUGGCAAGACAGAUCGAGCAGGAAGGAUUCUCGAGGUCCAACGCGAUCCAUCUGCUGAUCUUGAUGCGUGAUACCGGUGCGACUCAAUGUAGUGAAUGCGGAAGAGAGGCGAUCUCGGCCUCAACGGGGGAGAAUGAAGAAGAGGUCGAAGACAUCAAAGCACCUCAAGCAACCGGAUCUAAGCGGGGACGGAAGAAGUCAAACAACAACAAUCCCAAACAACAGCAGCAUUCAAGUGCGAUCUCCAAGGUCCCCGAAAACACUGAUGCCAAAGAAUCCCAGUCGAUAUCGGUGAUCACCCGAUGUCAACAUCUGUUCUGUCUACAAUGUUACCGUGAACGCUUGUGUUCUGGACUGAGGAUACAGGGUGAACAUAAGGAAGAAGUGUUGUUAGACUGUUCGGUUUGCUUACAACAGCUGAACCCCAGUAGUGAUAUCGCCGAGAUCUCAGCGGUUGAGCUCCAGAAAAAUCUACAAUUAGAAGAGCUCACAGCCGAUGACACUGGAAGCAUCACAUCCGGUCCAGCUUCGAACGGAGCCUCUAAGGCUCGCUCGCGCAAGUCUAAAGCGACACAGAAGAUGAAAGCCGUCGAGCCGUCUUCGUUGCCGGUCGUCAAGGCCGAAGAAGAAGUCAGCCUGGAAACGAAGGAGCGUAAACCGAGGACGGUGGCGUCCCUGAUUGAGGAGAAAGGAUCGAGUCCGAUGUUGAAACAUGGAACUAAGAUCUCGCAAUUGAUCUUGGACCUCUUGCCCUUUAGUCGUGCCAAUCCUGCUUCUGCCAACUUUGCCCCACAAGAUCCGAUGUUCAAUGAGGAGUCAAAUCCUAAUGAUCCCGAUGCCGACUUCAAGCCGACCAAAGGUGCCGUCGUCAAGAGUGUCGUUUUCAGCCAGUGGACGAAGCUUUUAGACAAGAUUGCUAGUGCUUUCGACGAGUUCAAUAUUCAGUAUAAGAAGCUCGAUGGUACGAUGAGUCGAGCCGAAAGGAAUCGCAGUAUGGAGGCUCUCAAGGCCGACCCGAAGUGCGAGGUCUUAUUGGUCAGUUUGCGGGCAGGUGGGGUAGGCUUGAACCUGACGUGCGCUCAACGUGUAUAUUUGAUGGAACCGUUCUGGAACCCGGCGGUCGAGAACCAAGCCGUCGAUCGAGUUCAUCGUCUCGGCCAAACCAAGCCGGUAAGGAUGAUUCGAUACAUCAUCUCGGGGUCGGUCGAACAAAACAUGCUCGAGAUUCAAAAACGGAAAACCGAACUUGCAAAUAUGAGUCUAGGUCAAACUCUGAGUAAAGAAGAAUUGGCCAAACGGAGAGUCGAAGACUUACACAUCCUAUUCAAAGAAAACAUCAAUUCUAAUUGAUCAUCCGAGGCGGUUCCGCGCCUCAAAAUACAAAAAAACAACAUUUCUCAUCUUUGUAUCCCCAGGUUUUGAUUUUUGCUCUCCUGAGAUUGUGUUGGUGGCUUGAUUUAUUUAUUCUUAUGAUUAUUUUCUGACCAACCGGUUUGGUGAGGAAAAACACACCUCCCCUGAUAGAAAUCAAGUGCUCCAUUAUGAUUGAGGUUGGAAAACAUCCAAAAAAAAAAACACUUCAUUUUCUCAUCAUCUUAAUUAAGUAUACAUAUACCCAUUUUUACUUUUGUUCGGCCUGCCAUUGAGAUCAUUCUUUUUCUUUUUCUUUUUCUUUUUCUGUUGUCAUUGUGAACAUUUUUGAUUCAUUUAUCUUUUAAUAUUAUAGAGAACAAGAGGGGAAAAGUAAUAAUGAUAAUACGAUCGAUGAGAAUUGAUAGGAUUUGUGUUUGAGAAGCUCUAUCAGCCUGGAGAGUGUGUCGAUGGUUUUUGGUUUUUGUGUAUGUGGGAUAGCUGUCAGGUUGUAUUCGCAGCCCU